AUGUCUCCGGUCGCCUUCCACGCGCAGCUCGCCUCCAUCAUGGAGGUUCUGGCGAACACGGCGGUGGCGGAGAUCUGCGAGCUGGUGGACAGUGGAUACUCGGUACUGCAGCUGGAGAUCAGCCGCAGCCGCAGAGAGAACGAGCUGCUGCGCCGGAAGCUGCGCCUCAUGGAGCUGCGGGCCGCACGCGUCACCGCGCUGCGCGCCGCGGCCACCGCGGGCAGCUCCGCGCUGCUGCACGCGGGCAGCCGCGCGCGAGUUCAUGUGGCCGCGAGCAACGAGCCCCGGAGGACCGAACCACCGACAGGUGAGACGCUGCCGUCCAGAUCAUCCAAUAAGGAGCCGGCCCGCUGCAGAGACCCGGAACCUCCAUCAGAACCCAAACAGGAAGCGCCUCCUGCAGGCAGCUCGACGGCCAUCAUCAAAGUGGAGGAUGAUGAGGAAGAGGAAGAUGUUGAAGAGUCGUGGCGUCCCACUGAACCCGACAAAGCUUUUUGUCGUGCCGCUGAAGAACAAACGGAGACAGAAGCUCCGUCGAUCAAACAGGAAGCAGCUGACGGCGACGACUCGUCAUCAUGGGUGAGCAUUGAGGUCAGCCCCCCCUCCACGUCCGUCCACAAAACCCUGAGCACCAAUCAGAGGCCAGAAACCAGCGGCUACGACUGCCUGAUGUUUACCCAGAACCCUCUGGAGGCCGGCUGCUCCUCGGCCGAGUCAGGCGGCGGACUCAGUUUUGUGUCGACAGCUGAUCAACAGCAGCCUGCAGGAUGCAGCAGCAGCCAGCAGAGGGCGCCGCCUGAAGAGGAGCCGGAGAAGAACGCUGCGAUUGGGAGGGUCGUCUGGAGGCGUCCGGAUGCUUUUGGUGGAACUGGCGACGUCCGAGGAGACGAAUCUGGAGGGAAGUUCGUGUGCAGCUGCUGCGGAAAGACUCUGGCCUGCCUGAAGAACCUGAAGACGCACAUGAGGGUCCACACGGGCGAGAAGCCGUUCGUCUGCGCGCUCUGCGGCAAACGAUUCUCCGACUCCAGCAACCUGAAACGGCACCAGAGCGUCCACACCGGCGAGAAGCGCUACGGCUGCGUCCACUGCGGCAAACGCUUCGCCCAGUCGGGUUCGCUGAAGGUCCACAUGACCGUCCACACCGACUGCAAGGAGUUCAGGUGUUCCUUCUGCGGCAAAACCUUCAUCUCCGGCAGCCACCUGAGGCGACACGUCACUGUUCACGCAGCCGAGAAACGCUUCCCCACUGCGCCGCCGUGACACCAAUGUAUGAUCCGAUAAACUCAUCCAGCUGAUGGAGGCUCAAACAGAGCAGCAUCAAUAUGUAGAAGAACGUCAAAAUCUGACAAGUCUCACCUGACGUCCACUGAAUCAGCUGUUUCUUUAUCCACAGUGACUUUAGUUUCUUUAAUGAAGCAAAGUUUUGCCUUCAUGCUAUGAAUAUUUUCAGACUUACAGGCCUUUGAAGUCCAUAGAGGAGGGUCCACAUUUUAAAUGUUUCAAAGCAACCAAAAUAUGACAACCCCCCCAAAAGGAAGCUGUAAAAGUGAUCACAGACGAUGUAUUUCUGCUGGAAAGUCUUGUGUUUUAACAUGGAGGUCUGUGGAGGGUUGACUCGCUUUUGGAGCCUCAAGUGGACAUUUGAGGAACUGCAGCUUCUGACUUUUUUUUUUUUUUUUCAGCUCCAAAGUUUGACGAGAGCGUUUGUGUAUUCAAUGAAGCAAAGUUUGACCUUCAUACUAUGAAUAGUUUCAGAGUUCCAGACCGUUGAAGUCCAUAGAGGAGGGUCCAUUAAAUAUACUAACGUUUUUGUAUCGAUGUUUUAUUGACUGAACCAACUGACUGAAGCUUGUUGUUUUGUAAAGUUUUAAAAUCUGCUCAUACCCGAGGAAACAUUCUGACUUAUUUUCAUUUCCUGAUGUUACUGAAUGAAUGAAGUCUGAUUUCUGUGUGUAGAUUUUGUUCUGUUGAUCACCGAUCGAUUGUAAAAUCCUCCACCGGGACUCGGACGGAGCCGACUGAACGAUUUCUUGGUGGAGCUUUAGAAACAAACAUCCUGAAAUAGGCAUCAGAGACGAAUCAGCACAUCUGGUCAGAACUCUGAGAAUAACAAUCGAGCCAGACUUAGUUUUAGGAGGAAUUAAGAUUCAGAUUUUUGAUGGUGAAUUUAAAUCGUUCACACUUACAGUUCUUUAAUCUGAACUGAAUGAAGAGAAAACUGAGUCAAAGUUUCAUCGGUUCAGAGUGAAACAUCCGGAAAACUGUUUAAAUCAGCAGACUGAUCAGGAUACGACGGCUUUUCUUUUAACAUUUUAGCUCCAUUUGUCUUUUUUAAAUGUGUUUUGUGAGAAAUAAACUUUGAACCUGG